CAGGAGGAUACACCGGUGAUACGCGGGAGAUGAUCUUUGUUUGAGUGGACCUGGCCGCCAUCAUGAGUAUCCGAUCUAGUAAGCUGGCUGCGCUCAGACUCCAGGACGAUGUCGUCGUCACCGUCACAGAGGUGAAAGACCCGAAGAGUGGCGCGGUCGACGUUACAGUGGCGAAAGAGACAUACGUUGAUGGAUACGUUGACGCCGUGGAGGUCGAUAAAGGUCACGUAGAGGUCAUAAAAGGUCAUUUGGAAAUUGACACGAGCCAUGUCGAGUCUGGACACGGUCACCUUGAAAUUGACAGCAAGCACACUGAGAUCAGCGAAGGUCAUAAAGAGGUCCAUGAAAGACGUACAGAGGUCAUGGAAGGUCACGUGGUGGAAAUAGUGGCAGACACCGAGAUGAACGUCAGGAGUGAUGGUAAGAUAGUAACAGCAGCGUCAGUAGAGGUCAAAGACACUGCGACGCCAACGGAGGUCAAGGAUAUGGAACUGAGGAAUCGGAAGGGUGGCACAAAAACCGACGGUCAUUGUCACGAGGAAUCUAAGAAGAAAGUGAGGGGCACCUGGUUCAGCCGUGGUGUUCAUCGCGUCCAGAAGCGGAUGUCGACGUUUGUCUACAACCACGCUCGCCUCAUCAGCCUCGCGUUCCAGAUCCUCUUCCUCAUGUGUUACUACGUCGUCUUUGCCUACGCUAUGUAUUACAAGUUCGGUGAUGAGGGGUCCAUCCGGUUCCUCGUCAUCACCAUCAUCCUCACCCUCUACGUCUUGAACAGGGUUGCCAAGACGGCGAUCAAGAAGCGAUGGACCUGCUGUUGCUGGCUAGUGGGGUCGAUCAGGUGUCUCCAGGCCACAGAGAAGGCGUUUUGGAGGAUCUCGAAGGCGAUGAAGCUGAAGAUCAUCAUGUGUGUGAUGAUGAUGAUCUUCUUCCUCGUGUACGUCAUCGUGGUCGUCGGCCUCAACUCUCCACGGAACCUCAUCUCGGCGGCCGGGAUAAUCUUCUUCAUCGCUACCUUCUUCGUCUUCUCCUACGACCCGUCAGCGGUACUCUGGCGUCCAGUGGUCACCGGUCUGUCCAUGCAGUUCAUCUUCGCCCUCAUCUUGAUGAGAAGUGAAACCGGUGCCAUGACCUUCCUGUAUCUGGGGGAAAGAAUCACCGAAUUCAUGGCGUAUGCCGACGACGGUGCCAAGUUCGUGUUCGGACCCAAUUAUGCCGACCACUUCUUCGCCUUCAAGGUGCUGCCCGUGGUGAUCUUCUUCAGCACAGUGGUGUCCAUCCUGUACUACUGGGGGGUCAUGCAGUUCGUCAUCAAACACAUCGGCCGCGUCUUCACCCUCAUCAUGGACACCACCCCUGCAGAGAACAUCGUGGCUGUGGGGAACAUCUUCUUGGGGCAGACUGAAGCACCGCUGCUUGCAGGCCCCUACCUGGAGACCAUGACCCGCUCACAGCUCCACACAGUGAUGACGAGUGGAUUCGCUACAGUGGCAGGGCCCAUCAUGGCGGCAUUUGCUCUCUAUAAGGUGCCGGUGCUGCAUCUGUUGUCGGCGUCAGUGAUGUCAGCACCCGCUGCUAUCGGCAUAUCGAAACUCUUCUACCCGGAAACAGAGGAGACGACCGCCAGCUCUGACGAACACAUCUACAAGGUCAAAAAACGAGCUACCAACACUAUCGAGGCUGCAUCUAAUGGCGCGAUUGAAGCUAUCAAGAUUGUGGCCAACAUCAUAGCUCACCUGAUCGCCUUUGUUUCGCUGCUGAUGUUCAUGAACGCCGCCUUCACGUUCCUGGGGUACAGGGUGGGGCUCAUCCCCCCGGAGUACCCCGAGCUCACCUUCCAACUGGUCUACUCGUACAUCUUCUGGCCGGUCGCCUUCAUGAUGGGGGUCAGUUCCCAGGACUGCGGCAGGGUGGCAGAGCUCAUCGGUACCAAGAUGAUCAUCAACGAGUUCGCCGCCUAUGCCGACCUCUCUAACUACAUCCUCAACAGGAACGACUUGGUCACCUAUCUGGACGCCCGCAACGUCACCAUGGAAACUGGCUAUUUAAGCCACUGGGGUUACGACGGCAAUGACAUCAUCCUCCACGACACACAGCAGCUUCUGACGGGCGGGAUCAUCACGGAUCGGUCGACUGUGAUCGCCACGUACGCUCUGUGCGGCUUCUCCAACGCCAGCGCCAUGGGGAUCAUGCUAGGAGCUCUGGUUGCCAUCAUACCUAAACGAAAAGCGGAUCUCUCUCGAGUGGUGUUCAGAGCUAUGAUCGCGGGCAAUGUCGCGAGCUUCAUGACGGCGUGCAUGGCAGGUCUUCUGUACGGUGGUUAGCGACCAUCUCCACGCCACGCCUACCAUGUGACCACAUCACGUGGGUUAUUUGAUGACGACUUGAGACAGCAGCAGUCAGAUGUUAGUACACCCGCAGAAAAGAAGACGAAACUAAAUUAAGAUAAAAAUCCAGCUGUUAAAAGCGCCUUUGUAUUGGAGUACUCACACGAAACUUGUCUUUUGAUUUUACUUUGUUUCUCUUGAUGCUGAAGCUAUCCACCCGCCAACCAUUCGUCAUUGUUCGCCUCUUUCCCUCAGUGCAAUUCCUUCGGGUAGUUCCGGAAUAGCACGGACCGUCACGAAUGAUCUCUUUCGAUUAGUUUCGGAAUGACACGGAUCGUCACGAAUGAUAGAUGACAUAUAUAUGGGUUAUAUUUUUUUUUUUAUUGUAUCAAGUGCAUCACUAUUACUUUAUCCAGUCUUUCAAGUUUGACAUUAAAGUUAUGCUAUGAG